AGGAGGCGAUGUUGCUCCCUCGAAGCUGCUGAGUCUGCGGAGGAGAAUUUCCACCGAACCCGGAAGCGCUCUCGAAGCCGCCGCCGCAGCAGGGUUUCAUUCAGGCUGCAGCCUCGGACAUUAGCCUCCCCGUAAGGCCCCGCCGGUGACAGGCGCUUCGUUCAGCUUCUCGUGGACCGCACAAAAGGAGCGCAAACAUGGCUAGUCGGCUCCCGGCUUGUGUUGUUGACUGCGGAACCGGGUACACGAAGCUUGGCUAUGCAGGAAAUACGGAACCCCAGUUUAUUAUACCUUCAUGUAUUGCAAUCAAAGAGUCGGCGAAGGUUGGAGACCAGGCGCAGCGCAGAAUGAUGAAGGGAGUCGACGACCUGGACUUCUUCAUCGGAGACGAAGCCAUCGACAAGCCGUCGUACGCAACCAAGUGGCCCAUCCGUCACGGGAUCGUGGAGGACUGGGACCUGAUGGAGAGAUUCAUGGAGCAGGUCAUCUUCAAGUAUCUGCGGGCAGAACCUGAGGACCACUACUUCCUGUUGACUGAGCCUCCUCUCAACACACCUGAGAACCGCGAGUACACCGCAGAGAUCAUGUUUGAGUCCUUCAACGUGCCAGGGCUCUACAUCGCUGUUCAGGCUGUUCUGGCGCUGGCUGCCUCCUGGACCUCCAGACAGAUCGGAGAGCGAACGCUGACGGGAACUGUCAUCGACAGCGGCGACGGCGUCACUCACGUCAUCCCAGUGGCUGAAGGUUACGUCAUCGGCAGCUGCAUCAAACACAUCCCCAUCGCUGGGCGAGACAUCACCUACUUCACCCAGCAGCUGCUCCGAGAGCGGGAGGUGGGGAUUCCUCCGGAGCAGUCGCUGGAGACGGCCAAAGCUGUCAAGGAGCGUUUCAGCUACGUCUGUCCUGACCUGGUGAAGGAGUUCAACAAGUACGACACAGACGGCUCCAAGUGGAUCAAGCAGUACACCGGGAUCAACGCCAUCUCCAAGAAGGAGUUCACCAUCGACGUGGGAUACGAGCGCUUCCUGGGCCCCGAGAUCUUCUUCCACCCCGAGUUUGCCAACCCAGACUUCACUCAGCCCAUCUCGGAGGUGGUGGACGAAGUCAUCCAGAACUGUCCCAUCGACGUGAGGCGCCCGCUCUAUAAGAACGUUGUUCUGUCUGGAGGCUCCACCAUGUUUAGGGACUUUGGCCGACGGCUGCAGAGGGACCUCAAGAGGACCGUGGACGCCCGCCUGAAGAUCAGCGAGGAGCUGAGUGGCGGCAAAUUGAAGCCGAAGCCCAUCGACGUGCAGGUCAUCACCCACCACAUGCAGAGGUACGCCGUGUGGUUCGGAGGAUCCAUGCUGGCGUCCACCCCGGAGUUCUACCAGGUGUGUCACACCAAGAAGGACUACGAGGAGAUCGGACCGAGCAUCUGCCGCCACAACCCGGUGUUUGGAGUCAUGUCUUAGGAGAAGCGUGUUUAGCCGAGGUUUGAGAGGGAAAAUACAUGUAAAAAAAUAAAGAAAUGGAUCAGGAGAGGCAGAAACCUCACACGCCACCGAGGCUUUGUGUCGAGUGGAGCGACGGUGGACCAAACUGCAAAACGCAGUUUUUUUUUUUUUGUUUUUU